UUAUUAAAUUAUCUUGGAGAGCACUUUUAAUUGCAUUAAUAUAAUCAUGGAUAAUAAAUCAGAAUCCAGCUGUGAUAUUUCCUUGGAUAGCCUCGAAAAUGAUUAUAAAAGAAAACACUUAAAUUUAAGACCUUCCGACGAAAAUGUCGACACUAUACUUGUACCACUCUAUGAGAAGGACGUACUUAUAAAAAUUCCUAAAAGAAAGAAGAAACAAAAUCAAUCUGAUGCAAAAUUUAAUACAAGAAAAGAAAAAUCGAAGCAAGAAACAAAUGAAAUAACGAAUUAUUUAGUAAACAAAGACCUGGAAAGAGUUAAAAAGAAGUCUUACCUUGAAAUGUUUCGAAAACAGUUUACUUCAUCCCGUACUGAAACACUUAUUGAAAGAGCUAAUACUGAUAUCCGCUCUAUAUCCCCAGAAUUCGGAGAUACUGAGAGAUCGACUAUUGGCGACGAAUCUACUAAUCACGUUAGUGAAUUUUAUAAUACGGAAUCAUAUAAUGAAAUUUAUUAUAAUAAGCUUAUGAAAAAAGAGCUAGACCAAUAUUUGGAACAAUCUUUUGAAGACGUAUUACAUUUAAAUGAAGAUGAAAAAAAUUUAAGAGUCGAUCUAAAUGAUAAUAACUUAAAAAGUAUUUCGGAAGUUUCACAAGCACGUCGACGUAUAAAAAGUAAAAUAUUUUCACCUAUUCAAAAUGUGCACUUGGGUGGCUUAGGACCUGAUAUGGAAAAAAUAAAACCUAGAUUAGAAAGGGCUAGAAGUCUUCAGCGAUAUUCGGAAAAAGUUAGAAUGGAAAACCGCCUUAAAAUUUACAAAAAAGAAGUUCAAGACGAAAAAAAUGCAAGAGAAGCUUCCGUAACAAGACAGGAUUCGAUUGAAAAACAGUGUAAAAAAAAUUGUAAAUAUAAUUCUUCAUAUUUAGUCAACAAAAGUGUACAAGAAAAAUCAUCCUUGAUUAAGAAAAUAUGCAACACGAAAUCAAAAUCGGCAGAUUUCCAAAGUCGGCGAGAGAGAGACAAACAAUCAAAAGAAAAAAACAACAGAAGAAAUAAUAUAGAAAAAAAUAUCACACAAAACGAAAAGGUAUCAAAACUAAACAAGGGAAUGGAUCAAAAGAAUACACAAUCAGCUAAAAGUCAGGGUAUUCGAUCAGCAACUGAAAGUCAUAGUUCGAGGCUUAAAUCUGGUUCCAAGAUAAGAGGAGUAAAUAUAGAAACGAUACAAACUAAAUGUGACUCUCCCUUGCAAAUCAGUUUCAUGUUUAAUGUAGGUGGAGUCAGGCCAUCUUCUGCGUUAAAAUCUUUGGAAGAAAAACAUCGUAUGUACCAAGAAAAAGUAAAACAAUAUAGAUAA